CAUAGCAAGCGACUAAAAUUGUCAUAGAGAUAAAAAUCCCAUACGCUUGUAUCAUAUAUUUUCAUACCCUCGUAUGUUUAAGUGAAUAGAAUUUAAAGGACGUAUGAAUUAUAUUUUUUUGAAAAAAAUUUGUCUUCAUAAUGGCGCAAAUUAUGGCGGGUGUUAAUAAUAUGUUAAAUAAUGAAACCGAAAUGAAAUCCAUGGACGCUAACAGAUAUGCUACGAAGAAAACUAUUGCCCAGGGUAUGCUAGAUAUUGCUUUAUUAACCGCCAAUGCAUCCCAAUUAAAAUACAUUCUUCAAGUUGGCGAACAACAUCAAUUUUAUAAAGUAAUGUUGAUUCUGAUCAGUUUAUCAAUCGUAUUACAGCUUUUGGUCGGCAUAUUAUUCGUCAUCAUCGGAAGUCUUAACAUCAAUCGGAAAAACGAUCAAACUGCGGCCGUGAUUUUGAAUGAUGUAAUUUUGGUUGUCGUAUUUGUAAUAUCUACAAUAAAUGUUAUAAUAUCCGGGUUUGGCAUUGAAUAUUCAUCUCAACCACUUCGAAAGAUAAUGGAUUCGCCUUAAAGGGCAAUUAAUUCCGCGGACUAUAUCGACAUUCGGAUCAACACAGGAAAGAAUUUUAAGGCUUUCGAAAUCAUUCAGGAUUUUUUACGCAAUUCAAAUUUUAACUUAGUAUUAAGCUUAUUCACCAAAAAAUAAUAAAAUAGCUUU